CAUAAAUAGUAAAUGUUUUGAUAACGAAAAGAACGGAUUUAAAACGCAUAAAUUGAUAAGAAAAAUAUUCUAAAAAUCCCUCCACAGACAAUUAUUAAGGAUCAGUACCAAAAAUCUCAAAAUCAUUAUAAAUUCAAAAAUUUAUGAAAAAUUAUUUUAAUCACUAUCAUCUCUGGACUUUAACCUUCGAAGUACAAUUUAGUUUUUUUAGAAUAUUAAUUAAACAUUGAAGUUGCAAACAAUGCAAGGUGAAGCAAUCUUUGAGAAUAAAGAUAUUUUCCCUGAUUUCCCGACGACGGGACCGUUAGCGAAAUACAGAUCUUCAGCAACUUUUGAUUGGAAAAAGUUAAAACUAAUAAUUGAAGAUGAAGAAGCACUUUUAUUUCGACAAAGAAUUUUCAACUUUUUUCGAGAUCAUCCGUAUUUCGUGAGGAAAUUGGAAGAAUCAUUAACGAUGGAUCAACAACGGCACUUGGCCUCGAAACGAAUGUUAGUUGGAUUUAAUGAACAUUUUUUUGGGGUCGAUCAGUUCAUACAAAGGCCAGAUUUGUCGUAUCAUUUUGUUAGUAGCUUAAUGGCUUUUUGUCCGAGUUUCGCAAUUAAAGUAACUUUGACAUUUGGAAUGUUUGGAAAUGUGUUACGAACUUUAGGUAACGAAAGGCUUUAUCAAUAUGUCGAAGCAAAUGAAAACAUGGAAAUUUACGGUGCCUUUGCUCUAACGGAAAUUUCCCAUGGAACUAAUGCCAGAGGAGUUAGAACCACCGCAACUUAUGACGUCAAAUCAAAAGGCUUCAUUAUGAACACGCCAGAUUUCGAGGCAGCCAAAUGUUGGGUUGGCAAUUUGGGCAAAACUUGCACGCAUGCCAUCGUUUAUGCCCAACUUUACACGCCCGAUGGCAAAAAUCACGGUUUAAACGCUUUUUUGGUCCCGAUCCGCGAUCCCAAAACUUUGCUUUGUUUCCCGGGCGUUCGAGCAGGCGACAUGGGUGAAAAAAUCGGCUUGAACGGCGUUGAUAACGGCUUUGUCAUGUUCGAUAAUUACCUGAUUUCGAAAGAUAUGCUGCUAAGUCGAACUGGCGACGUGACAGACGACGGGAAAUUCGUCACUCCGUUUAAGGAUAAAAGUAAGCGAUUGGGAGCGUCGUUGGGAGCUUUGUCCGGAGGUCGUGUUUCGAUUUGCGGAAUUGCUUCGACAUAUUGCACGAAAGCAAUAACGAUCGCAAUUCGGUAUUCGGCAGCUAGAAGACAAUUUGGGGAGGAUUCCGAGGGGAAUGAGUUGCCAGUGUUGGAAUAUCAGUCGCAGCAAUUUCGGUUGUUGCCGCAUCUUGCUUCGACUUUUGCUUUGAAUAUUUUUUCGCAUUGGUUGUCGGUGCAGCAUGGAGAUAUGUUUUUGAGAACGACACUUGGGGAGAAGUUGCCGCAUGUCGGGAUGGAAAUUCAUGCCUUGAGUUCGGCGUGUAAACCGUUUUGUACGUGGGCAGCUAGAGAUAUCAUUCAGGAGUGUCGAGAGGCUUGUGGAGGACAUGGUUAUUUAAAAAUUAGUCGUUUGGGUGAUCUCCGCAACGAUGCAGAUGCAAAUUUAACUUACGAAGGUGAAAACAACGUCCUUGGACAACAAGCAUCAAACUGGCUAUUAAAUGUUGAAAAACGCAAUGCUUUCGGCGAGGAAUCCCCUCUGAAUUCAGCUGAUUUCUUACAAAACUACCGCGCAAUUUUACAAACAAAAUUCCCAACAAAUAAUUUCUCUGAAGCAACGUCCUCGAAAAUUAUUUUGGACUCAUUAAAUUGGUUGUGUGCCUUUACUUUGAACAAAACGAUCGAAAAAUCAAAAAAAAUACAGAAAAAAUCAUCCGCUUUUGACUUGCGAAACAACAUCCAAGUAUUUCAUGCCAAAACUCUGUCAAUUUGUUACGCCCAGAGGAACGUUUAUCGCGUUUUUUACGAUUUUGUGAACAAACUCCCGAAUUCCAGUGAAAAAGAGGCACUUCAUGACUUGCUUGUGUUGUUCGGAGCUAAUUUAAUGCUCCAAAAUGCAAGUUUAUUCUAUCAAGGAGCUUAUUUCAACCGUUCUGAGGACAUUCAGAUUUUUGAAAAUUUGAUCACCGAGCAGCUUUUGGGAAAAAUUAAAAAUAAUUGCAUUGCGCUUACGGAUUCCAUCGCUUAUCCGGAUCAUGUGAUAAACAGUUGUCUCGGGCAUAGUGACGGAAAUGUUUAUAAACACUUGAAAGCGGCGUUUUUUGAUAAUCCAGCGACGUUUGAGCGUCCCCAAUGGUGGGAGACCUUGGUGCACAAAGAUAAGACAAUUUUGAAUGCUAAAUUGUAAAAAGUUGUCUUUAAAAGACAAUAUUUGUUGUUUUUGUUGUGAAAGAUUUGUCUUUGAGACAAUUUGUUGUUUUUUUAUCUUAGGAGAAUUUUAGAAAAAUAUUUUUAUUUUUUUAAUGGGACAUCGUUUAUAUGGUGAAGUGAUAAAUUAUUAUUCCAAAAAAAUUAAUAAAUAAACGAAAAUGUUUUAGAUUUUAUUAAAAAUUAAAAAAAAAAAAAUUUUGUAGGUAAAAUAAUUUUUCUAAAAUAAUUUUUUUUAUUGUUAAAAUAAUUAAAUAAUAAAUUCUUAAUUAAAUUAAUACUCCCAGUGAAAAAAAAAUAACUUAAAUAUUGAA